CCACCUCCAACAAAAAUCGAACAAAAGCUAGCUAGGCAUGCUUCUCGUGCAGCGGAUCCUUCAAUCCUUCCUGGAGUUCGACCUAUUCCCAAGGAAGUUUCAGAUUCACUAAGAGACCAACUCACACCCGGAAAAUACUACGCUAAGUCUAUGACACAAUACCUUGGCCCCUUUGACGACGAACCGACAGCUGAAACAUUACCCAGUGGCGAUACCUACUUCAUCCUGCAGAAUAUGGGACGUCUUGGUGAUACGGGAAAGUGCGUGUUUCGGCAUGUGAAGCAGAUCAACGUGCCAACCAGAGAAUUUCCCCCUCCACGUCCAAUCUCACCUUCGGAGUUGCCGGGAGUACGAUCACUAAAUGAUGAGUUGGAUGAAGACGCCAAGGAAAAUCUCGUCCCAGGACAGUAUUAUGCAAAGUCUAUGAGUCGAUACCUCGGGCCUUACAAUUCCAUCCCUACCGCGGAUAUCCUUCCUUCCGGGGACUCGUACGUCAUUCUACAGGUAAAUAACAUACAAUUAUACUUGGAUUCCAAGUUAACCCAACCGAAUUGA